CAGUACUGAAUUGAAGUUCUGUCACGAAAACUUAAUAAUUACUACUCAUUAAAUGAGUUAUCUAUUUUUCAUAAAGUUUAUGCGUCAUCCAUCACUUCUUCCACCGUUUAUUAUAAAAAAACGUUUUCAUAACUCUCUCCUCUUCCCUUGAAUAUUUUGAAUGUGUAUUUUUUCUAUGAUAAGAAGUGCCAAUACGUGAUGAAUUUCCAGCCAUAACCUAUUUGAAUCACUCAUAUCAUGCGUUACGCGAUCCUCGGUUUUGGUAGAUAAUUUGUUUAGACCACUGUAGAAAAAUGGCAGAGGUGAUGAGAUGUCUUUGGAAAUCGGUUUUGAUUACGAGGAAUGGUAUCAAUCGCCUGCACUUCCUAAAGGGAUGCAGAUCGUUGUACACAGAAUCGGCCCUAGAUCUCACAGACUACAAAAAUUCCCGAAAGAAGAUGGAAGAAAGUAGUGGAGACUUGCAAGUAUUCAGACAAGCAGUUCGAAUAGCUCUGAAGAGAGAAAGCAAUUCCGUGACGUUAGCGGAUCUCAGGAAAAUACUGCACAUUGUCGAAAAAAACGAGGAAGACCUGACACUCCUCAAGACGAUGAUGGAGAAGUGGCAUGCCCAGGGGGGCCACAACGAAGAGGACUACAGUUUGGGCCCCAUUAUAAUGAGGGCCUUCCAUUAUCUGAAUGAACCCCUCAUUGCCCUGGAUACACUGACGAAUCCACAAUGCAAAAACCUGUACGAUCAACCCAAGAGCUCUGCUAUCCUUGUGGAUCUACUCUACGAGCAUCAAAUGUAUAAAGAGGUUCGCGAUGUCUACGAUUUUCUGAGACAUAAACCUGUCAGCAAACUCGUCACUUCCGUCGUUGUUUUGGCGUGUUACAAAGAGAAUUCUCCAGAUAGUUUGCAGUUCGCGCUUAAAAUGUGGAAAGAUGUGCAAGGGAAUCGUGCGCCCCUCAGAAGGACAAUAGUGACUCUAGCUGCCCUGGCACUCAAUCAGAAUGAGCCUCAGAUGGCUUUACAGUUUAUUGACCAUUGUAGAAAUGUCGCUACCAUUUCUGCGAGGACCGCCAAAGUUAUGGCCCUCUGCGACUUGAAUCGAAUUGACCAUGUUUUACUUGACUUCCGAUACGCUUUGAAACAUAAUAGUCACUAUCUUGGGGAUGUCGUUUGGAAAUUUCACGAUGCCGCAAAACGCAUGAAUAUCGAUUCAAAAACUGAUAUUUUUAGAUUGUUCAAUUCUUUGCGAACUCGACGUUCUAUUCAAACUCAGACCCUCGAAGAGUAUAUCUCCACCCCAAUAGAUGUUCCCAAGAAAGAACUGCCUUCUGAUCAUCAAGAAACUUCACAACUAGAUAGACGAAAAUUCGAUUAUGGGCAGAAUGACUGGCAUGAUCUAUCAAAUCGAAAAUGUAACCAAUAACUCAGUUUCAAUUCACGGAUAACUCUGAUAUCAUGCAGUCAUAUAUUUAUUUUCCGGGCAUUCCGUGUCAUUACAAAACCUAAUGAACUGCUGCUGUUUUCGAUAAUUUAUUGUAGUUAUUCGUGAACCACUCGUCCAUCACGGAUGAACUCUUGAGUUGUCUUCUAAUUUUUAGAAUAAGAGCAGCUAACCAAGUCGCAUUAGGUGUCGAAUUAUCCUCUUUACAUCUGCAGGGAACAGCAAAAAAUGUACAAGUUUCAAAUCAUAUAAAACUUUAUGUACUAAUUGAA